AUGGAGAAUUUUAAAAAUUCUUCUCUAGCUGAACCGGUUGUGAGGAAGGAACUUCAUAACAUGCCUGAUGAGUCUGUAUUCAUCUACUGCCUAGUAGGAGACAGAGCCUACUGGAAAGAUCCCAACAAUGAAUUCAGAAAGAAUCUGAAACUAACAGGAGUGCCUACACUACUUAAAUACGGAACACCUCAGAAGCUGGUUGAGGAAGAAUGUUUCAAAGCAGAGCUUGUGCGUAUGCUGUUUACUGAAGACUAAAUCCUCCAGCAGUCAAUUAUUGACGAAGAUGUUAAUCUCAAGUUAUGUGCGGUGUCCUUUCAAGGAAUCCUUAACUUCCAUGGUUAAUUACUUCAGACUAGUCAAGACAAAUGUAAUUAAAUUCCAGGUCCAAGCCUUCUGCUAAAAUCCUGCAACAAAAACCUGUAUCUUUCCUUUCAUGUCCAAAUAAGUGAGUUUGCAAACAGUCUCUCUUCAAAGGAGCUGAGCUCCUGUUGUAAAUCAAGAGAGCAGCCUAUACUUACUGAAGAGUAAGACUUAACUGCUAAGUUAUACCUUUAAUAGUGAUUAAUGGGGGCAGGGAAGCAGGAGAAACAGAGAAACCUGCUUAUUCUUCCUAAAUCUGACUUUACAUAGCUACUGAAGCUCUUAAGAUAAGUGUUCAGCGCCAGAGAUGUUUAAUGGCUCGUCUGUUCAGUCUGAUACGCUGACGGCUGACAGUCCUGGUGUCACAAUCACAUGUUAAGGGUUAACAGCUGCAGUACCUGCUCCUACAAGGAUAUGAAAUGUAACAUGAAUGCAGCAUGAAUACAAUCUAAAAUACAAAAAUUAAGCCCCUGACAGCUGCUGAGUUCUGUGUUCUUACAAUAAAAACCUAUACAAGAAUAAAUGGCAAAUGCUUCUCCAAUACUGCGUUUACACCUUUUUUUUUUUUUGUAACACAAAUCGUUUUCACUACAUGUAAGCUGAAUUUAAUGGAGUAGAGCUACAGCCUCUUGCCUUCUGUUGAGUACCUGCAAAGUUUAUUAUUACUUAUCUCUGCUCCAUUCCUGCCAUCCUUCUCUCAUCACACUUUGAUUUCUAGCUCUAAAACACGCUGUAAGAAAAACCUGUAAGACCCCCAGCAAGAAUGAUUACCAGGUAAACAGAAACGACAAGCAACAGCUCAGCUUGGUCUCAGGCAAAAAUCCACAAUUUAGGUUUUGUACAGUAUCAUCACUUCAACUUUGCUCAUCCUGCAGUUGUAAAAAGUAGUACCUGAGGGAGUUGUGGGCCACACUGAGACACAGCACAAUUCUCCAGGGAAAACAUCUCCCAAGAACAACUGAGCUACACAUUUGUGUUAG